AUGUCGCUGUCGUAUUCGGGGCGUAUUGAUCGACGUGCGGUAUUGGGCAGCGCCGCACUCCUGGGCACACUGCUGGGGCAGCGCAGUGUCGCAGUCGCCGCAGCUCAGCCGGAGAUCGAGAAGGUUCUGGAAGACCCUCGCUGGCCAGAGAAGUGGCCCUUCCGCCCUGAGAAUUUUCAGCGCUACGACGAGACCCCGGAUAGCUUCUUCUACGAUCAGCCGCGGUUCGUCACGCACAUCGAUGACAACGCAAUCAACGCGCUGACUAAGUUUUACGGGGAGGUCUUCCCGCCCGUGGGUACCAAGUCGGCGGCCAUUCUCGACAUUUGCAGCUCCUGGGUUUCUCAUUAUCCAAAGGGCUUCACGGCCGGACGUGUGGCGGGACUUGGUAUGAACGAGCAGGAGCUGGCGCGCAACGUCCAGCUGACCGAAUUUGUGGUGAAGGAUCUUAACGUCGACCCAAAGCUGCCGUACGCCGACAACACCUUUGACGUCAUCACGAACUGCGUCAGCGUCGACUACCUGAACAAGCCACUCGAGGUCUUCCGGGAGAUGCAUCGCGUCCUGAAGCCCGGCGGCACGGCUUACAUGUCGUUCAGCAACCGCUGCUUCCCCACCAAGGCCAUUAGCCUAUGGACGGCGACCGGAGACGCCGACCACGUUUGGAUUGUCGGAUCGUACUUCCACUACUCAGUGCCCGGCGGCUUCACGGAGCCGAGGUGUAAAGACAUCACCCCCAAGGUCAUGUUCGGGUACACGGACCCCAUGUACGUGGUGUACGCCUCAAAGCAAGGUUAAAGAAGAGGUGGAUUGAUUGAGGCGGGGGUUUUGGCCGAGUGAUUGAGUGCUGAGAGCUUGGCGAGGGCUGCGAAUGGUUGCCCCGGUAGGGACAUUUUGCUUGCG